AGUGUAAUUCGCGCGUCGUGUUUACAAACAGUUGCGAUUCCGGUCUCGCGUAUAAAAAACGGCGUCCGUUGUUCCAAAUUUUAACCAAGUAUAUCAUACGCCAACAAAUGGGUGGCUGCCGGUGCACAUUCCGAAAGUGCGAAAACAGCACGGCGUCCCGGCCGGGGAUGCACUUUUUUCACUUCCCGAUCCGGGACUGGGAACGGCUGGAGAGGUGGGCCGCCUUUGCAGACAAGGAGGAAUUUAAGGAGCUUCCGGUUUCUAAGCUGAAGAACAAGGUCGUUUGUGAGGAGCACUUCCGGAACCAUAUGUUUAUGAAUUAUUUGAGGGAAGGGCUGGUCAAGACUGCCGUUCCGACGCUGGAGGUGCUGGAGAACGGGCAGAUUUGGGAUUUGGAGACGGACGAGGUUGGGGAGAGGGAGGAGUGGGAUGUUCCGGGUGGGAAGAGUGCUGAAAUAAGCACUGGUGGUGACCCGUUGUUGGUUCCGAUCGAGAAUGAUAGUAGUCGGAUGGAGAUUCAGUUUUUGGAUUCGGCGGAGAUCAUUGGGGAUGAUGUGGCGUACGAGGUUCAGCCGGAUCCGAUGUCGUCACAACCGCUGAUAUUGAACAAGGUCCAUAAGGUGAAACCUGUGGUUCCUGUGGCUACUGUGGAGAAGCCACUGCUGCGGAAGGUGGUCAUGAAGCGGAAGAAGGCUCCAGCGAGUGACAUGCCGCGUGCCAAGAUGCAGAUUUUGUCGAUUCAGCGAGUGACUGGUGGUAAGCAGAGCGAUCUGCCUGCGACGCCAUCCCAGAUGCAGCUGUCGGAACCGUUAACGCUGGAGGAAGUCCCUUCGGCUACGAUGCCAUCCUCUUCGACGGAUGUCGCCGAGACGGAGAAGAAUACACCACCGGUGGUGGUGAUUCAGCAGCAACCUCCGCCGGAACCGACCAAGGUGCCGAUCAUCGAUCCUAACAUUUUGGAGAAGUUGGACCAAAAUUCGGUAAAGAUCGACGAGGUCAAAAAGCUGCUGCAGGACGUGUUGGACAGGCCCGUUCCUGAGCCCAAAGUCAUCACCGUUCCUGUUCCCACUCCGGUGGCAGCAGCGCCACCACCGCCACCAGCGACGCCCACCAGGACCCGCUCGCCAUCUCCCAAACCGGAGCGAUCCGGCCCCCACAUGAACAAGGUCCAGCUGUUCAACGGAAUUAAACGGUACCUGAACCCGACGAUGGUCGCGUUGCUGCGAUGUGAAAUGUUUGGCGGAUCGUCGGAACGUGCCUGGAAGCCGGACGAGCGUGCACUGGCCGUGGAGUUGCUGAAUCUCGGCGAGAACGUGUACGACCACUUUUGCGACGAGUUCCGGUUCCGGCUGCCCUCGAAGAAGGACGCUUGCAAGUGGAAGGAACAGAACGAGCUGGACGACGAUGACGCCUCGUAAUUUUAAGGACAAAUAAAAAAACCCUGAUUUUGACUGCUUA